AAUGUGCUUUCACAGUCACCUGUGUUCCCUACCGGUUCGUACCGUACGGUACGUGCUGAACGAAGGCUAGUAGUUGACGAAGAAUAUUGUUAUCAUUACCAGAGCAUCUCAGACACCAGAAUACACCACCUGGUACCUGUCGGCAUUCAAUAUGUUUCAAAAUUGAAAGAGGAAUAACUCCAGCAAUACAGCAUCGAAGCACCACUUAGUUUAGACUAGAAUGUGGGAGGCUGCAAAUGCUCCCACCCGAGACGACAACCCCGUGACCACCAGCGCUGCGAUAGGGGUCGACAGGGGAUACACUCACUCAAAACACGAUCCUGGUAAACAGCACGCACAUUCGAACCGGGAACACUAUGGCCAUGGUGAUGGUAGAUAUCGUCAUCUCAUUGCUUCGUCAGAAACUGUCGAAGCAGCAUUAUCUCGAUUGUCCAAGGCCUACACAACAUCAAUGGAAUGCAUCGGUGCCAUUCACAAAACCAAUCAUAUGAUCUUAAAGGAACAACGCCAAACAGUGCGGAGCGGUGGUACCCAUCAAACUCGAACAGUGGCUCCGACUGUUACGACAGAAAACAAAGCCUUACAAUCGAUCAAAAGGGUAUCAAAUGUGGCAAGGACAACCUUGGAGACAGCAAUUCUCUUGGAUCCUCUGAUGCUUCCACAUGCUCCAAUCUUGCACCAAUCCAUGAUUGAAUUGUCCAACAGUGCCCCAUUCAGCGACAACGGUGAACUCGGAAAAGAUGGAAUUCCGAGCAGUGCAACAGCUGUAUCGAAUUCAUCGCGAUGGAAGGCUGUUCAAGAUCAACGGCCCAUGCCACCAACCAUCUCUUCGGCCGCUCACAAAUCUACGCUAGUCAAGCUGGCAUAUUUGUCUUUGGUCAACUACUCCGACUUACUACAGCAAGGUUCUCGCUCUGACAUUAAAAAUCAAAAAUCAACGAACGAAUACACCAUAUUGGAUCGUGGGGUCGUUUCGAGACUCCAAUCUCUAGAUAAGGAAACGUCUGCAGGUGUCAACGACAAUGAGAAACAAUGCUGCUGGUCACCCGAAACUCCGGAGGAGACGCAGAGGCUGGCUGUCGCUGCCCUGUGUGAUGCUUCCAAUCUGGACGGAAGCGAUCCGGUUAUGUGGCUUAAACUGGCCUGUGCCUCGCGUAAGCUGGAAUCGCUAGUGGCCGAACGCCACAAUCGAGGUAAACAACACGAAUGUCGCGGGAUUACAACGCUGGAACGUUCUCAGCACCGACGCCUCCAAAAGCACGCUCUCGAACGGGGAAGUGUUGCCCUCCCAAAUCACAUGCCACCAAAUAGGACGAUUCUGAGAGCCUUGGAAGAAUUUUGUGGAGAACCGGAACCAGACGAGUAUUAUUCUGGCGGGUCGAGGUCGACGAAAAAGAUCAAAGUUCACAAGAAGACAUUGGGAUUAACACGGUAUUCUUGGUUAGUUCUUGGAAAGAUGAUCAUUCGGGCAUGCAAGGGUGAAGAAGCCACAACACCGUGGGAGCAUUUGUCUCCCGCCUCUCUUUUGACAAAGUCUCCAUUGUCAAUGUUUGGGUCGCCCUCGGUUGUUCUAAAAUUGUCCCCCAUGCUCGUCCUCCCAUCUCAAGUACUUGGAAAGAUCUGUCAGUAUCUUGAAAAUACCUCGAUUUGGAAAUUUGAAGCGACUUGCAGGGCCCUCUCGGUCAACGUCAUUGCAGCUCGCGCAUUCAUGGAAGAAAAUGACAGCGAAGACGACAAGGACGAGGACGAAGCUGCUGAUAUGUUGUUACACAAACAUGAACAGAAACAACGAGAACAGCUCAAAAAGAUGGAAAUUGAAAAAUCAAAAGACCAGAAUGAGCUUUUGGACGCAGAAAAAAAAGGACCUGAAUUAGAAAACGAAGUGAACGAAGAAAUGGUAAACGAACAAAGCGCUGCUAUCAAUAGAAACGAGAACAGCAGGGAUACAAAAACUACUCAACCGAAGCAAAGUUUUAGGGCUUCAAAACGCCUGCGUUCUCAACAAAUCUCAACUUCGAAGAAACAAGAUCGAGCUGCAAAUCGGAAAUCUUUUGACUAUUGUUUCGUGGCAGCUACACUUUCUUGCACAAAAGAAAAACAUAACGAUUUGGCCGACGGGUUGAGGAAAAAAAAAGAAUUAGCUCAUCUUUUUCGAGGUGUGGAAAAUGCAGGAUUUGCCUCGAACACGAGCGGCAGGCGAAGGACUCAUUCUUCACUGCAAGAGAACACUCGUCAAGGUUCAAAGUCUAUGGAAGUUAGGGAAAGAAUUGGUGAUUCGUCUUUGUCUGCUUUUGUUGAGAGGUGGACUAUGAAUAAUUCUGGUCCAAUGGACGUUCUGGAGCGGUAUUUGGCGCAUGUGGCACUUUUUGCGGAAGAUGUGUUUGCAAGCGAUUCGCCUACAAUGGGACUUCAUUCAUGUAUUAUAACAUCAUUUCAAUUAUUACUGAUGCGUAGCGGGUCGAACCAAUGCAUUGUACCGAAAUUUUUCAAGCCAAUCACAAAAACGGGGUCUGCUUUGCGUUCAUUGGAAACAUUUGCGAUGGACCUUCUUAAUGCGGAAUUGAUUUUGCGACAAUGCGAUAGAUACGUUCCCAAAGUUGUUGAAUUCGACGACGAUGCGAAUCUUAUCUCGUUAAUGAUGCCCAGACUUGUCGAAUCGUGUAAUGAUUUGAAAGAAGAAAUCAAUUCUAUCAAUACAGAAAUAAAAAUUUGUGAAAAGGAUCGCAAAAAAUUUCACGUAUUGGAAAUAAGAUGCUACUGGCUUACAGCAUGUUUCUAUCUCUGGAGAAGCAGAAUUGCGCGGCCAAUAUACAUGUCAAGAGAAGCCGAAGACGAAGGGAUUCAUUUCAUCGGAAUGGCAAUCGAGUGCUUCAAAUCUCCUGUUUUGAAAUCAACGAAGGUGAUUAAAACACCCCAGCUCGCAUCACCGGGACGCGAAGAUGCUUUCUGGCAUGAAAUAUCUGCAUCGACGCUUUCUAAGUUUCGUGACGAGAUCCAGGCCUCGUCAGUUGUAUCACAUGCCAGACAACGGUUUCAAGAAUUGGUUGCACAACUUGAUGCGGAAGAAAACACCGAAAGACUAUCAACAGAAAGUGCUGGUGCACUCGCUGAAAUCGGACGGAAACUCUUCGAACGAUACAACUCUCAAUAUGGAAGCACCGAGUCGAAAUUAGUAGAACUUGUGGACAAUGUUCUUGCUGAAUCUGCGGGAGAUCUGUUUUUACGAAAGAUUACGUCGCAGAGUUCAGAACAAGUCGAUGAAACAAAUCUUGAUAUAACUGACUUCAUCCAAUUGGACGCCUACAGGGUUGAAGACCUCAAACGGGUAUCGAAUCCUACUAUAUUGUCAAUGCUUGUCAUAUGCUUGAAUAUGGAUCAAUCUAAUAGGUUAUCAGUCGCCCAGCUUCUUCUGAGAUUGGUUCUUACUACAAGAGAUAUUCACAGCUUGCUCUUGAAGCAAAUCGCCGAUUAUAGAGCAUCACGAAAGCAAACUGAUGGAUAUCACUCCGACAGUGACAGUGAUGAUGACAUGAGCGAUGCCGGGCCUCAAUUAUCACAGAAGGAUGACGAUGAAAAGAAAGCGAGACAAUGUGGCCAUUUUGUCAAGCUCCUGAUAAAGUGUCUCUGCAUUAUUUGCAAAUCUUAUCUUUCAGAUGAUGAUAGAGAAACAUUGGUGAUGUCGGACGAGUUUCACGAAAUGAUAAACUCCGUUCUUGAUUUCUCAAAUCAAUGGUUCGAGUCGACUCUUCGUUUUUUGUCAAUAACAGAUGACACUCUGGAUCAAGACCUUGUUGGCUUGAUACAGAAACUGUUAAGCGAAUCGAAACAUUUCAAUGAAAGGAGUAGGGUGCCCGAACCUCUUGAAGCGGUGUUCUUUCAUGGUCUAGUGAAAAUAAUCAUUUCACAGCAAGAAAAUUUGAAGAAUCUUUGUAACUCCCACGUCAAACGAUCAAAUCGAACAGCAAUAAAGCGCCUUUGUAUCCAAAGAGCGCAGUACAUUGGCAUCGUUGCGUCUAAAUUGGGUGCGAUGUUAUCAACACAUUUGGCGACCGUGAAUGGGUUUGUUUUGAAGAAAUCAUCACUUUUUGAACCACAUGAUGUCGAUGGAAGGAAUAGCAGAAAGUCACACACUUCCAACGAGGAAAUCAUUUUUCUUCACGCGGUGAGAUGGCUGAGGGAAUUUGCUUCAAAGGACGUAGGUGAAAGUUUGACUGGCAGCAACAAUGGUAUCACUUCUAAUUCGUUUGAUCGCCCCAUUGUAAAAGAGUUGAAGAUCCCUAUAUCCUUGCUGGUAAUCGGUUUGUGCGGCUCUGCUCCGUGUAGCCGGAACUCUGGGAUUCUCGGAGUUGUAAGUGAAAGUGAAAAUCACCAAGGCUACCCCCUGAGUCUCACUGAAUUCUUCGACAGUGAUGCUAGUAUCAAUGAUUGGCAAUCUGACAGUGAAGAAGACAACAAUGAAAGAACGAAAAAAGAAUUAUUACGAGUCAUCUGCCACGCUAUACAAUGUAUCGUUUUGAUUUUGGAUGUGGUCGAUGAAAAAGAUACUAUCACUAAGUUCCUUGAAAACGACUGCGACACCGCUUUUGGCCCACUACUGCCAUUAGUAUCCGCCCGAGUUCUUAAUUUUUUUGCCGAUACAAUUCUUUUGAACUUUGGGGAUGUGAAAGCAUGUGGCAAAAAUAGGGCGUUGCUGUGGUCGGAAGAUUAUCCUUAUCGUGCGAGGUAUAUUGGGGAGCUUUUGGAUACUGCUCUGUACAAAACUUAUCGGUGGCUCUAUGGUUUUGCACUAGUGGGGGAGCAAACUUACCAUUAUACUUCGGGAAAUGAAUGCUCCCAUUCAACAAACAACAUAAAUGAAAUUGUUGAAAAAGGCUUCAAACUUGAAAGUACGGUUGCAGCUGGGCAACUGUAUCGAUGUAUCGUCAGGGCAUAUUCAGGCGGGAGGAAAACACCCCCAAAGCAGGCAUUGGAGGCAGUGAAGGCUGCUUUGCCACCACAUCGAGAGAGUGAACAAAGUAAGAAGUUGCGCAGAUUCAUGUUCUCUGGGGAGAACAAUGAUUUAGAUAUGAAUUCACUAUUGAACAUGAAUGAGCAAUGGGACUCUCCUUUCGCGGUAGUACGAGAUUCAAUGAUGGAGAAUAAAGAUUCUCUCGAUAAUAGUGCAAAUUCAUCUCUCGAUGAACUCGAAGCAGCGCAAGUACGUCGCGGGCUUUCAAAGCAACUAGCACUGGGUCCAUUACCAGUAGUUGCAAGCGAUCCUAGAAGCAAAUCCGACGCUGGAGCAUGUGAUGAUCGAUCGCAAACAAUGUGCAACGAAAUAGCUAUUGCGAAAAAAUUCAAUGCCAUUCUAGAUGACUUGUGCUUGAGCGAUGCGGAUAACUGGGAGGGUUGGUAUAGAGCUGGCCAAUGCUGCAUGAUGAAGGCAGAUACAAUUGCUGAUAGACUCGGUCUUACUAAAGGUUUCUCCAGAAUUAAAGGAUUCUCUGUUCAAGCUCACAGAGGUUCAACACAUCGAAGCAAAGAAAUUGGUAAAUUGAAAGACGAACAAGAACAGGAAGAGAGGAUGUUAAAACAAGUGAGCUUUCUCGGGCAUGAUUAUUCAUUUUAUACAAACCAUGUAUGGUCGUCGUUGUCAGCUUUGCGUGAUUUUGUGGCAAAAGUGAAGAAAAGCUUAGAGCGCGAAAACGACAAAGACAAAAUUCUGUCUCUCGCUGUUUGGAACGAAAUCGAUUCUAAAUUUGACGACGGAAAAUACCUUGAGGGACAAGAAGCCUGCGGAGGGUUAUUUGUUUCCGCACUUCGAAAUCUUUCGAUUCGAUUUUUGUCUGUCGCUCUCUACAUCCUCCAAUCCAAAGCAGAAAUUAAGUCCGAUACCAAGGUGUUGCUUUCAGAAAUUUGUGAAACUCUUGGGAACACCUUUUACUCAGAAUUGAUGGCUUCGCAGAAAUAUGGCUGGCCGAUGCGCGUCCUUACGUCCAAAAGAAAACGAGACAUUGCCAUCACGGCAAAGGCCUGCUAUGUUGCUUCUAUAAUGCAUGCAGAUGACUCGGUAGAGGAAGACGACAACAGUGAUGAUCAUUCAACGUGGGAUCUACAGUUCAUGGUUGGAAAGGUCUGUAUAGAAAUCAAAUACUGGAGCAAUAUUUGCAUGAAAAGUCAUCUUGAAAAACUUUUUCUCACCGAAAACCUCUUUUUUUAAUGUAGUGUGAUGAGAAGAUUGCCAAGACAUAUGAGCAAGAAGCAUUUCCGAAACAGACUGAAUGCUCACCCGACAAUUCACGACUCUAUGAACAGCACAUGAGUGAAGCGAUGUCGGCUUAUAGUAAGGCUCUAGCUGAGGCCAACAAAUUGGAGGAUUCUGCAACUCUAUUGCUCGAUUCUGGUGGAAGUGGCCACGGAUCGACUGAAAUCCUUUAUCGACUUCACGCUUCCAGAUUGAAGUGUUUAAUUCAUUCUGUUUCUCGAAAGGAGGAAGAAAGAGGACAGGCAGAACUGGAAGCGCUACGAUUGACCGAGAAAUAUCAUUUUAAAGAUCAUGAUCUACUAGUUGACGCCAUGGAUAAGAGUGUGCACGAACGAAUUUGGAUUGUUUUUGCUGAUGUUGUCGAUGGACUCUUCAAUUGCCGUAAGCUCAAACCUUACUUUCAUCGAUCGGUAUAUCGACACGCCCAGGCAUUGAUGUGGUCACCUGUAUUUUACGACCUGGCAUCAAGCAAAAGAAGCUCGGACAUUGUUCCCGCUACACACAGCUAUCAAAUAAAAGGCCUUGAUAGUUCCAAGCCUGCAGCAUUCAGUGCAGAGAGUGUAAUUGGUGCUCUGUUUGAUAAAAAACGCGUUCAGCUCUGUGCCGUUUGGGUAACAAACAGCGGGACAGCUUCCCCAUUUCAAGCCAUAAAUAGCACAGUACGAAAGUACGACUCACUGCGUGGAAAAUAUAUCGGUGCAUAUUUGGAAACAUUACGCAUCUGCAAUCGCCGACCUGAAGUCGAAACGCUCAUGAAGUGGUUGUAUACGAGCAAACGUGAUCUACCGUCGUACUUUCAGGCAGGUGCAAUGAAUUACGGCGACAAACCAACUACCUCUCAAACCCAAGAUCCGUUGCUUGUUGCAGGCAGCAAGAGUUCCCUCAUGGCCAAUGGUUUUCUUCUAUCUGCAAAACGAAGAGGCAACGGUGUGCUUGCAGAUGUCUUGAUGCACGAAAUAUCGAAAAAAGUGACCACUGUGGCUUCGUCGAAAAAUUCGUCAACAGAUGGCAACAAAAUUACAGAGUUCUACCUUAAACAUACAUAUGCAUGUUAUUUGCGUCUGAAUUGUUCAAUUGAAGACCUCAGCAGAGUACGUGCGUGGAAGUAUGGUUCCGGAUCGCUUCGUGAAGUUGAAGCUUUGUGUCAAGCGUACCUCUUGGUUGCUGAUACAAGCAAAGCUGACCUCGCAAGUACGAGCGACUUUGGAGAUUGGUCCGGUGGGGGCCGAAAGUCAUUGAUCUUCAAGGCUGCUGUUGAGAAAUGCAAGGCAAUGUUUCCUUCUCUGUCGGCGAAUGCCGUAUUUGGAAAAUCCAAACCAAAAAAAGCGAAAAGCGGCAGCAACAUCCUCCACGAUGACCAGGAUCCCGAUGAACUCGAAAAGGGUAAGAGAAAGUCACCGUCAGAAUCCUCCCAUGAACCGACCGAAAAGGUUUCCUUCGAGGUUGCAGUGCCUCUUGGAUUGAACCCUGGUGACACAUUUUUGACAAGUGUCAAGGUUGGUGGAUCCAAUUCAAUGAAAGUAAAGUUGAAGGUUCCCCAGGGUCAACAUUCUUCCCUGAGAUUCCAUCUCAACGUUCCGAGGUCAAAAAUGAAUCAGAAAAAUAAAAAGCAGAAAGUAAAUCAAAAGCUAGGAGGUGGGAGAAGUUGAAUACGGGUGAUUACACUUGUAGUCAU